GUUUACGUGCUGGGCGCCUAUGCUAUUUCAUCUUACUCAAUAAGGAUAACAGCAACCAAUAAAUGUAUGCUUCCUGUUUCACUGAAAUUGCACCUGCGUAAUGGAACCAAUUUUGUGACUGUCCCGAUGCUGACUCAUCCAAUCCUAACAUGCCCAUGCGAUUUUUAUGGUCACUAUGCAGUGACUUUUCGAAACAAAGCAAUGGAAGAGCUGCUAUCAAAAAGUCAACAAACGUUGCCGCAGGCAUUUUUGUCGCGAGCAGACAAGCCUGCAGUAAAAGUGCCAAUUCAACUACUUGAUGCUCGUGGGCCGUGGAAACACAAAAUGGCUGUUUGUGCGACGCCACUGUCUCUCGCCGCUGACUGGACGCUGAUGGUGCAGUUCUUUGAGGUAGAAAUAAAAAUCUGCCAUCCAGAAGUGCCUCCAAAAAGAUCCUUCUUACUUAUCGAUCUAUUCCAGAUUUGGAUAGCUCAGGGAGUAACGAAAUUUUACAUCUAUAUCCAAUCGUUGGCGCCGGAAGUAUUUGCUGUGUUGAAACUUUAUCAGCAGUCCGGCGAUGUUAGCGUGGAGCUGAUCAGUUAUGCUCUGCCUGAAACUAGCAAAAAUGCGAACAAAAUUGUCUCUUUUCUGCGGAUUCACAGGGAUGAACGAAGUCUUCCUGUGAAUGAUUGUUUGUUGCGAAGCCGUGGUAACGCAAAAUACACGAUUUCAGCAGAUUUUGAAGAGGUUUUUGUAACUUUCAAAAAUUUUACUUUAUUCGAAAUGCUCGAAAAGCAACAAGGGAUGUCUCAAAAGUCGGGAUCAUAUGUGAUUCGUAGUACUUCGGCUUAUUAUGAGGUGGGUUCUUCUCUUUUUUUUUUUUGCUAUCCGUCAAAUUACAAGUACUUUGAGGUUAAUAUUUAUAGAUAUUAGUG